AGAAACAGAACAACCAAAGCCAACCACAAACGCACUGCCAAAUGAGUCAGACCAAAUGGGGCAACCAGCAGCCGAUUUGGAAGCGCCAGUGACCGUCAAGAGUGUGGUCAAAAAGAAGGUCUUCGUGGUAAAGUCAAAGGCGAAUAAUCCCCGACGUGCCUCAAUUGCUGCGGUGGAGCCAUCCAAGAUCAAGAUCGAGCCGUCAGUCGGCCAGAUCGAUGCACUCAUCACACAAAGGCGACCCUCCGAUUCGGAGGCGAUUGUCAAGCGCAAGAAGAAGCAGAAAUUAAUGAGUAUCAAUGCGCCAUUAACUUCCGGCAAUCAGAAGGAGGCAACGCCGAAGACGACGACGGACUCUAUAGCCGAGGAGGCCAUGAUGGGCGCAGCGGUCAAGUCAAAACCUCUUGCUGAACAAUUGGCAACGGCAGAGGUCAAUGCGGUGGCAGCCAAAAGCGAAACGAAGUCGCCUGCCAAAAGCCACGAAGGAGAUGAAGCAGCAGCGACGACACCAGCGACAAGUGCAUCAGAAGCUACAAAGGCCCAGCCAAAACGAUCGCAAAUCGAUGAGGCCAAUCAAGCGCCAGCCAGCGAACGAGGCAGACGCGCAAGCCUGAAACUAGCGGAGUUGGUAGGCGAAACGGUGCUGGUGGUGCCGGCAUCGAGAUCGAGUGCAGCAGCAGCAGCAGCAGCAGCAGCAGUCGCAGCCACAACAGAGACAGUGCCUGCAAUUAUCAGCUCAUUAAGCGAGUCCAAAGAACCCAUUAAUCAGUCGGCAAUUGUUCCGGAGAUAGCCAUUCCCAUCGAGACGCAGGUGGAAAAAGCAACGCCCCAACAGGUGGCCAUCGGUGUUGACAUUGAAGGCGCCGCCAGUGCCUCCGUCUCCGUGUCCGAGUCCCAGUCCGUUGGCGAACAGUCAGCGCCACAAAUAGCAGCGACAUUGAGCGAAGUGCCGCACGAAGAGUCAUCGUUACAACAACCAGAGGGAGGGGCAGAGGCAGAGGCAGAGACACAGCCACAGCCACAGCAGAGCCAAGCAGCCGGGGAAGCUACAAAAGACAACGCACAGGCGCAUACUAGCGACAGUCUUGCCACCAUGCCGGAGCUGAAAGUACUUGCGGGCCCGGUGCAGCCCGUCAAGAUCGAAACGGUUGAGCAGCCGCACGAUGGGGACAAAGCGGAUCAUCUAUCCGUUAUCAAGAAGAAGUCGACGCAUCUCAAGAAGUUGGUGCGCAAGAAUUCCAUAGACAAAGCGAGGGAGAAGGAGGAGGAGAGCAGGCUGAGCAACAUACUGCGGGACAAGAACAAGAUCAGCGAACUAUCCUCGAGAAUCAAUAAGCUAACGCCGCCCAAGAAGCAGGUGAAGGCGAGCCAAAAGGAGCCGCCACAGCAAGUGCAGCAAGUGAAAGCCGAAAAUGAUGCAACACCCGGAGAAGCACCAAGCGAGGAGAUCAACGAUAUCGAACCUGAGCCUGAGCCUGAGCUAGAGCCAGAGCCAGAGCUUGAGGCAGUGCCAACUCCCGCGCCAAAGAAGCCGCGCAAGAUCAAAAAGAAGGUGAUCAUCAAGCGACAGAAGCGACGCCUCUCCAUCAGCGACACAUUCUUCAUCCAGCCAGAGCCAGAGGAGCCCAAGGAGCCCGAAAUCGAGACCAUUGAGAAGGCCAUUGCCUAUGUGACUGACGACGAUGAUGAGGAUGACAAGCAGCAGCAGCAGCAGGCGGAGCAGUUGGAGCCAGUGGAGCCGGUGAAGCCACUCAAGUCCUGCCUGCAUGUGCGCGAAUACAAGAUCGGGGACCUGGUGCUCUAUGGAGAGCGGUAUCGCAAGACCCAAGUGCGCUGGAAGCGCGGACGGGUGCUCGAGCGGAUUACCAGCAUUUCGUACAAGCUGGAGAUCGAGGGCAAGGAGGUGGCCGCCCAUGUCAGCUACAUCAAGAAGUACACGGGUCGCAAGGUGCAAUUCGGCAACAAGGAGUACCUGGAGAUUGACUACGAGCAGGUGGUCGAGGAGGAGCGACGAGCGGCCAGCUACAGCAUAUGGAAUAUGGUGUAGAAGGAGGUGCCUCAGACACCCAGAGUGUGCCGAGUGUGAGUGUUCCCUGUGCUGUGUCACCCCGCCCCGAAUGAUGCGUCGGCCCCAUCUGUAGCCUUUGAGUAGAAUUAAAAAAUUGUUUUCAGUCAAGGAAGAAUUUUUUAAGGAUCUCAACUCGACAUUCAGUUAUGUUAUAGUCUUUCUUCUCUAAUUAGCUAGCUAGUCUCUCGUAUGUGUAAUCUUCCUGUAAAUACUCGUAGUUUAGCGUUUAGCUUAUCCUAAAGUUAGUCACAGAUACAUUAGUUAGUAGGAGAGGCCAACAAUUUGAAUGUAAAUUAUUCCAGAAUCAGUUGAGUAUCAAUUUCGAUGUGUGUUCCCUUUAGUGGAGUGUCUACAUUAUAAGUAUGUGUAAAAUAAACCAAAUUUAAUGUUAAAUAAAGCCGAAAAUAUUUCAGAAA